AUGAUGAUGGCUUCAGGUAAUAUGAUGAGUCAAGCAUGGCGAGAUCUUCAACUGUCACCUGCUUGGAUGGUCACUCAUUCAUCGGUAAACCCUAGACCUCCUUUUUGGGUUAUCAAAGAAGACGAACUUUUUCAUCUUUAUGAAAAUCCCGGAAUGAUUGAUACUUACCAAGACGCUUUUAUGUUGGACGAUAUGAUUAUGACCCAAAAUUUUGAGAGGAAUGAAAAUAUUGAUGUUGCAUCCCGUGAUGCCUAUUUGAAGGGAGAUCAUCUUUCUGCGCGGGUAUUUUCCCAGAUGGCACAAGAAGAAAAACAGGCGGCAAAGGUUCUUAAUGAUAAAGCUGCAAAAGAAAUUUUAAGGAUCGAAAAUUGGAACAAUGAUAUCUGGAAGUUAGAUUUACAUGGCCUUCAUGCGAUGGAGGCCGUUCAAGCCCUAGAGGAGCACUUGCAGAUAAUAGAAUCUGAAGCGUCAAUAUCACUUAGACAAAGACAGAGAUCCUUGCUAGUUAUAACGGGAAGAGGGGUUCAUAGCCGAGGACAAGCUGUUCUUCCAACAGCUACUAGGAGCUUCCUCAGUGAAAGAGGAUAUCAUUAUGAUGACUCAAGGCCUGGGGUUUUCACAGUACGACCCAGAUUUCAUUGCUAG